AUGAAGCUCCACGCAUCGCUUACCCUGAUGCUUCUUCUCUCGUUGAGCUCAGGGCCAUGGUUAGCCGUCGCUGGCGAGAAAGCAUCAGGCGGCCUAUCUGACGGAUCCACGUGCUACUACGACAAGAACUACACCCCCAUCAAGCCUUACUGCAAGCGAGAUUUCGGGUGUGUGGUGACCAAGGUCAUUCGCAACUCACCACAUUUCAAGUUCAAGGGCGAAUGCGCCUCUGACGUUCCUCUGGACCAGAUAACCAAGCGGUUCUGCAUGUUUCGCUCAGUGAUGUUCGCGCCGGGGACGAGCGGCAUCACGGCGACGUCCAUGUGUCCGCACUGCACGUGCCGGCAGCUCAAGGGCGGCCCCACGUGCCUGUGUCCGCUGGGCAAGCUGUGCAAGCAGGACGCGGUGGGGCGAUGGAAGGACGGCACGCGAUGCAGAGACAGCAGACAGAACCAGUGUGAAGUGUCACGGGUGGUCAACGGCUCAUACGUUGGCAACUGCAUCAACCCUGCUCGUCAGUUCCUCCCCUCCAUCUUUGUUCCCUGCCUCUUAACCGCUUUCGUGCUUACUCGGGAAGCGAUCAAGACAUCGGCAAUGAAGAUCCUCGCGUCUCUUUCAUUUCUGCUGCUCCUCGCUUCAACUUCAGGGUCAUGGGUUGUCCGUGCAACUGGAGCUGCGUCAGGCCUACCUGACGGAUCCACGUGCUACUACGACAAGAACUACACCCCCAUGAAGCCCUUAUGCAAGCGAGACUUCGGGUGUUUGGUGACCAAGGUGGUGAAAAACUCACCGCAUUUCUUGUUCAAGGGGAAAUGCGCCUCCGACGUGCCUCUGGAUCAGAUAAAUCAGAAGUAUUGCAUGUUCCGCUCCGUCAUGUUCGCACCGGGUACCAGCGGCAUCACGGCUUCGACCAUCUGUCCGCGCUGCACGUGCCAGAAGCUCAAGUCAGGCCCAACUUGCGUGUGUCCGCUGGGAAAGCUGUGCAAGCAGGACGCGGUGGGCCGAUGGAAGGACGGCACGCGAUGCAAGGACACCAGACAGAACCAGUGUGAAGUAUCACGGUUUGUCAACGACACAUUCAUUGGCAACUGCAUCAACAGUGCUCAGGGUCCAAAUGAGUGCGUGAGUGCUGGACCAGGAUGGGGUCCAAUUUUCGUGAAGAACGGAGCUCAGAACAUGAUCAAGACUGGCGACCUCUGCCAGCGCUGCUCGUGCAUCCGUGGGAAGUUUGUCAACUGCAAGCCUGUGCCUGGAUGCGUCAUGUGUGCACCCAAGACGUCUAGCAACACCAAGCAGCAGUGCAGCCAGUGCUGCAAGAAGGCGACCAAUCCAGCAGCUGUUGAGCUGUGCAAUACAGCGUGCAACAGAGUCGUUAUAAUUGAGAGCGACCUCAAGGCAGGAGCAGCCUACCAAUACUCGCUUCUUUGGGUUCUACUGCUGGCAUCGCUAGCGGGUCUGCUCAUACAGUCACUGUCCGCCAACCUCGGUAUAGUCACAGGCAAGCAUCUGGCGCAGCAUUGCAGGGCGGAGUACCCUCGAGGUGUCAACCUCGCGCUAUGGGUGAUUGCAGAGAUCGAGAUCAUCGCCAGUGACAUCCCAGAAGUGAUAGGAACGGCCUUUGCGCUCAACAUGUUGUUUGGCAUUCGUCUGUGGGCGGGAGUCAUAAUAACCGGUUUCAGCACGCUCCUCUUCCUCGGCCUCCAACGAUUCGGGGUGCGCAAUCUGGAGGUGUUCAUAGCGCUGCUGGUGAUGGUGAUAGCGUGCUGCUUCUUCAUAGAGAUGGGCUACGCGCCAGUGGAUGGCAUGGCGGUGUUAGAGGGCAUGUUCGUGCCGCGCAUACAGGACCUUGGGGCGCUCGCCAUCGCCAUCUCUCUCAUCGGCGCUCUGGUCAUGCCGCACAACCUCUUUCUGCACUCCGCGCUGGUGCUCAGCCGCAAGCCCCAGCGCACCAGUCAAGGCAUCAAGGACGGGUGCCUCUAUUCGCUCCUGGAGGUGGCAGCGGCGCUCAUAAUCAGCUUCGCCAUCAACGUGGCAGUCAUCUGUGUGGGCGGCGCUGUCUGCUCCGCACCAAACCUCUCCGCGGACGUGCAGGCGAGCUGCAGCGACAUCAGCCUGAGCAACGCCUACUUCCUGCUGCGCGACGUGCUGGGCGCGUGGUCCUCCACGCUCUUCGGCAUCGCUCUGUUAGCCUCGGGGCAGAGCUCCACUAUCACGGGGACGUACGCGGGGCAGUAUGUGAUGUCGGGGUUCUUGGAGCUGCACCUCGCCUCGUGGCUGCGCAACCUGCUCACUCGCCUCGUUGCGAUUGUUCCCUCGCUCGCUGUUGCCAUUGUGGCUGGCGCUACGGGCGCCGGCAACCUCAUCAUCGCCUCCUCGAUCAUCCUGUCGUUUGGCCUGCCCUAUGCACUCAUUCCUCUGCUCAAGUUCACCAGCAGCCCGGUCAAGAUGGGUCCCUUCACCAACCACCCCACGUUUUUCAGCCGACUCUAUUCCCUCGCUGCAAGAACUUCCGCCGGCGUUAGUGAGGGGCGCGAGGGGAGUGACUAUAGCGGGGGUAGGAUGAAGCGGGAGCAUGACGCGUACGAGGCGGCGGUGUACGCGCGGAAUCUCAACGAGUACAACGCCGCGGCGCUCGAGCUCUCGCGGUCGCGAAAGCCAUACCUACUGCGCACGCUGUACGCGGACAUGCUGAUGGACGGCGUGCAGCCCAACUUCGUGACGUUCCACGCGGCCAUCACGGCGUGCAUGCGCGCCAACCGCCUGCACGACCUCGUCUUCUUCUUUAAUCAGAUGCGCGCGCGCGGCAUCACGCCCGACCGCUACAUAUUCAACUGCGUCAUGACGGCGUACAGCCGCAGUGGGCACGUGGAGAGGGUGUUCCGCGUGGACUGGGACAUGCGCGCUGCAGGGCGCCCGCCCAACAUACGCACCUACCAUGCGCUGCUCACUGCCUGCACCACCACCGGCCGCUUCGACAAAGCCGCAGAGGUGCAGGAGCGCAUGAGCAAGGACGGAGUGGCGAUGAACAAGUUCUGCUACGCUGCUCUCAUCGCCAUGCACCAGCGGGUCCGCCCCUCCUCCCCGCGCAUCGUUGCCAAGAUAUUCUCUCUCGUGGAACAGUCCCUGACAGCACCCACCUACAGCCUUGAACCGGACUCCACCCCCUCCAAAACCACCACUGCCACCACCCCCGGCACCGCUGAUUCGCCUGCUGCCGCCACCACUGAACCCACCACCGACUACCCCACUGCUUCCACCCUUGAAUCCGCUGCUGCUAACGCCGCUGCUUCAGAUUCCACCAGCAGCGCCACCCACGCCACAGCAGCCGCUGAGCACCCCCACACAGAAGCCGCUGCCGCCGUGCCUGCUGCUGCUGCUGCUGGUGGUGGCAUGGGCGUGGGUGCGGCGGCGGGGUCAGAGGAGGAGCAUGCUGCGAUGGAGGAACUGGCGGAGCAGGAGGAGGGCGGGGUGGGCAUGGGCAUGGGUGAUAUGGAUGAUUACGGUGGGCGGGAGGAGAGCGCGGGAGGGGCGAGAGGAGGAGGUGGGCUGGUUUAUGCGAAUGCGGAUCUCGUGGUGCACCGCGCUGCACUGAGGGCAUUCCUGGACGCACACCAGCUGCAGGCAGCAUUCCGUCUGGUGCGAAUGAUAGAGGAGAGUGGCACUGUCCCGGAUGCUGCGCUGCAGACUCUCCUUUUCAGGGUGCAUCUGCAGGCGGGCAACGAGGCAGAGGCGCUCAAGCUGGCAGACCUCUAUUACGGCCCCAAUGCGCGCCCGUAUAUCGACCAGUUCGUGCAAGCCAUCUCGUACAGUCUGAGGGAGCUGCGACCCAUUGGAAUGAACGUCGCCCUGCGACUGCUGGAGCUGUUUUUCAACCACGGCUUCUACUUCACGCGCAAGCAGGGCAGCCAGCUAUUGCAAGAGGCACUCACCAGCGAUAGGCGCAGCAUGGCGGCAGCGGAGAGGCUGUUUGACCACGUGGUGGAGAAGCACCAGGCACCCGAGUUUGAUGCUGUGCUCGACUUCAUGCGCGCCCUCAGGCGCCGGCAAACACCCAAGACCGAUCACCGGUGGUUGCUGGUCCAAGACCUGAUCAAGCGGCGGCGGAACAUCCGAGGGAUGUGGAUGAAGGGAAUGCAGGUGGACGGCCGUGAGCAUGAGGCACGGCUAUCGGUGGAACAGGAUGAGGUGUGA